UGGGAAAGGAAGGACUUGUUUUCCUCGCUGUGGCUGGAGUAGGAAGUGCUGACCUUUGUGGAGGACGCUAGACCGGCAACAGUUUUGGCGAAGCCAAGGCAGGAGCCUGUCCUGGACCACCUGCGCUCUCAAGAACGUCUGAUUCUGCGCUCGGAAGUGAUCACCGGGUCCAUUUGGAGCCGCCGGCCAGUCCUGCGGACGUGAGAGAAGCCAGAGGCUACGGGAUGGGUGCUCCAGAGAACGAAGAAUCAGACCAGACCUAGCGGACCAGGGAGCCGUCGGACGCGACUGCCGGAGCCGGAAGUACCCGUCAGGAUUGCGCUGGAAUUGUACCUGCCUUGGGUCGAGUCGAGCAGAAUCCCCUCCCACCAAGGGAGAAACAACUUUGUCUACACCAUCUGCAGGAGCAGCUGCGAUCCCAGUGGCGGCACCAUGGGCAGGACAGUCACUGUGGCUACCUGUGCUUUGAAUCAGUGGGCGCUUGAUUUUGAUGGCAACUUGGAAAGGAUUUUGAAAAGUAUUGAAAUUGCUAAAUGCAAAGGAUCAAGGUACCGGCUUGGGCCAGAACUUGAAAUUUGUGGCUAUGGCUGCUCUGAUCACUACUAUGAGUCGGAUACGCUCUUGCAUUCCUUUCAAGUUCUGACUAAGCUUUUGGUAUCACCUGUUACUCAAGACAUAAUAUGUGAUGUUGGAAUGCCUAUUAUGCACCGAAAUGUUCGCUACAAUUGCAGAGUGAUCUUUCUAAACAAGAAAAUUCUUCUGAUACGGCCAAAGAUGGCACUGGCAAAUACUGGAAACUACCGGGAAAUGCGAUGGUUCACUCCUUGGAACAGAUCACGGCAUGUGGAAGAAUAUUUUCUUCCCAGGAUGAUACAAAAGAUAACAAGUCAGGAAAGUGUUCCAUUUGGUGAUGCAGUACUAGCAACUUUAGAUACCUGCAUAGGGACUGAAAUCUGUGAAGAACUGUGGACACCAACUAGUCCCCACAUUGAAAUGGGUAUCGAUGGAGUAGAGAUCUUCACAAAUUCCUCAGCAAGUCACCACGUAUUAGGAAAAGCUCAUACUCGAGUGGAAUUGGUAAAUUUUGCAACAGCAAAGAAUGGUGGCAUAUAUGUGCUGGCUAACCAGAAGGGCUGUGAUGGCGAUCGCCUGUAUUAUGAUGGCUGUGCAAUGAUCUCUAUGAAUGGAGACAUCAUCGCUCAAGGACUUCAGUUUUCUCUGGAUGAUGUGGAAGUCUUGGUUGCCACUCUGGACUUGGAAGACAUAAGAAGUUACAGGGCAGAAAUAUCCUCUCGAAACCUAGCAGCAAGCAAAGUGACACCCUACCAUAGAAUCAAAGUCCAUUUUGCCCUGUCACAUUGUGAUGACAUAUGUGUACCUACGACUGCGCCCAUCCAGUGGAGGUAUCAUAGUUUUGUGGAAGAGAUCAGCCUUGGUCCUGCAUGUUGGCUUUGGGACUACUUAAGGCGCAGCAAACAGGGAGGAUUUCUCUUGCCACUUAGCGGUGGAGUGGACAGUUCUUCUGUGGCCUGCAUUGUGUUCUCCAUGUGCCGUCAGGUUUGUGGUGCAAUACAGAACGGAAAUCAGAGUGUGCUAAAUGAUGUGCGUAAGAUAGUAAACGAUGAGAUCUAUACACCAAAAGAGCCUCGGGAAUUGUGUGGACGCAUCUUAACAACUUGCUACAUGGCUACUGAGAACUCUUCUCAGGAGACAUGCAACAAAGCCAGAUCUUUGGCUGAAGAGAUAGGCAGUUACCAUAUAAAUGUAUGCAUAGACGGAGUUGUGAAGGCUAUUUGGACGGUUUUCAAUGCUGUGACGGGACGAUGGCCCCAGUAUCAAGCUCAUGGAGGCAGCACCAGAGAAAACCUGGCCCUACAAAAUGUGCAGGCCAGAAUAAGAAUGGUCCUUGCCUACCUGUUUGCACAGUUAUCCCUAUGGACUCGUGGGAUGCCUGGUGGACUGUUAGUACUUGGAACAGCCAAUGUCGAUGAAAGCCUUCUGGGAUACUUCACAAAGUAUGACUGUUCCAGUGCUGACAUCAAUCCCAUUGGUGGAAUUAACAAGACAGACUUGAGAAGCUUUAUCCAAUAUUGCAUUGUGAACUUUCACCUAACAUCGCUCACAAGUAUUCUCUCCAUGCCAUCGACAGCAGAGCUUGAACCCCUGAAGAAAGGACAGGUCGCUCAAACUGAUGAGAAUGACAUGGGGAUGACAUAUGGUGAGCUCUCAAUCUAUGGCAGACUAAGGAAGAUAGCGAAGGCUGGACCUUACACCAUGUUCUGUAAGCUGAUCACAAUGUGGAAAGAGAUAUGUGCUCCAAGAGAGGUGGCAUCAAAGGUUAAACAUUUCUUUAGAAUGUAUUCUGUCAAUCGACACAAAAUGACUACCCUCACCCCAUCCUACCAUGCUGAAAACUACAGUCCUGAUGACAACCGGUUUGAUCUGAGGCCUUUUCUCUAUAAUGCUGCCUGGUCCUGGCAGUUUAAGUGCAUAGACGAAGAGGUCUCUAAACUAGAAUCUAAGGAAGUGAACCCAAAGCUUGAAGAUGAGGCUUGACUCCUUUCUGUCUUGUUGCUGUGGAUGCAUGGUGUUUAGCAUAAGCAUCCAACAACUUGUUAUGAAGAUCAGAAGAGUUCUGGAAGUUCUCUGAAUUUUAUCUGUUUUUAAGAGUAAAAAUAAUUGAUUUAAAAAGUAAUGUGAUCAACUUGAAAAUAAGUUAAACAAAAAUCUUUAAAGAGAAAAGAAAUAUAUAUUGGUCCCACAUUUCACUGAAUAUGCAUAGGGGUUUUUUCCUUUUCAAAAACUGUUCUUUCUGUUAUUACCCAUUGAAUACUUUUCUUGUGAAAAUGUUAUAGAAACUGCAUUCAAAUACAUUAUAAAACUAAUCUGUUUCUACAGUACAAUUGGUAAAUUCUUAAAAUCAAGAUCCAACCAAGAAAUGUGAUUCAGUUACACUUUGUAUAUGUUACAGAUUUGAGUUGUCCAAACAUCAUCUUGGACAAUUGCUCAAACGUUGGUUACUUAUGGGCCAUAGGAUAGCCCUAUUCAGGUGCUGAGCCUGUACACAUGAGAACUGAAAGAGUGGUGAGUUCAUACAAGCCACACACCAUAACAUCCCCAGGCACCUGGGGCCCUCUGUAUGCUUAGCGCAGAGGUCUGCAGCAGGGUUGUAAGUGUACUGAACUAAAUGUGCUAUUUGGAAAUGUUGUAAGUGUGUUCAGCCAGUGGUGUAGCUAGGUAAUAGCCAGUGGUGUAGGUAGGUAGGUAGGUAGGUAGGUAAAUAAAUAAAUAAAUAAAUAAAUAAAUAAAUAAAUUUUAGACCCCCUGGAUUUAAUGAUAUUAUGGCUGGGCCAUUUAUAUGGUCAUGUGUAUUACUUCGGUUGUGAAGCCUACAACUAACAUUUCUGUUCUCGUCUUUCAUGCUUCACACCUGGUUCUACAUUUCAGAUCUGUUAGAGCAGUGGUUCCCAAAGUGGGCGGUAUUGCCCCCUUGGGGGCGGUGGGAUUGCAUAGGGGGGCGUCAAGAGGCAAAGGGAUGGCAGGGGGGCGCUGGCAGGGGGCGCUAACAGGCAAAGGGGCAGCAGGGGGGCGCUCGAGGUGGUCUCUACAGAAGGUCCUAAAACCCAGGGACUGAGCAGGAAAGAGUGGCAAAUUCAGCCGCUCUCCCAACACCGCUCCUGCUCAGGAAGGACUUUCUCACUCACGCAGCCGCUCUCUCCUCCUAUCUCAAGCCCACAGCGGCCCCACCAGAAGUAGGGGGUGGGGGAAGCGCCCACAGGAGGCAGCAGAGCAGGAAACAGCGGCGAAUUCAGCUGCUCUGCCCACUCUUCUCCUGCCUAGGAGGGCCCAGGGCUUCUUUCCUGCUGGAGCCACCGCCGCCUGCUCACUCGCUCGCUCCCUCGGCCAGAGCUGCUCCCUCCUACAAGCUGCUCCGGCAGACCUCUCGCGAUAGUUGCUGCACAAGGCGGGAGCAGCAGCCAUGCGGUGGAGAGGAAGGAGCAUGUGGAGGACAGCGGGCAGCAGAGCAGCUGCCAAGAACAGCAGUCAGCCAGCAGGCUGGGUGGGGAGCAGGACUGAUUGUGCUGCUGCAAGGUAUCACCACCUGUCAGGAGUUGCAGGUUGGGGCCAUCUCCCCUCUGAGCUGCUGCCCUCCUGUCGUAAUCAGCCUGGCAGCUAUUGUGAGGCUUGCGGGGAGGGGGGAUUGGAGAGAGAGAGAGAGAUGCUGUGUGUGUGUGUGUGCUCCCACCCCCCCCAAAAAUCUGGACUACAACAGGAUUGGGAGAGAAAAGAAAAGGGGGAGGGAGAGAGAAUUGCAAUUCCCCAGGUCCUUCCUGGCUAAAGAAGAUUCAGCAGCACCUUUUUCCAGAAUGCUUGCUGAAACAAUUCCUAUCUGCCCUUGCUUAUUUCAGGGUGUCCAACCCCCUUUUUUCAAGCGUUCUUUUGGUAAACAUGGUAUGUGUGUAUCUUGUGUCACCAUAAAAACAGAGCUGCAGCACAAUCCUAAGUUUGUCUACUCAGAAGUAAGCCCCACUGAGAUCAAUAGAACUUACUCUGAGGUAAAUGUGCAUAGGAUUCAGCCUGAAAACAAAGAGAGGGUGAAGAAAAGACAGGAGAAAAUGAAUUGUAGAAAUAGAAUAGCAAGGUAACUGUGGGAUAUUUAACCAUAUUUAAAGACAAUAAGUACAGUAAAAUUAGUGCCCCUCUACUUCAGUCCCAGCCAGAUUUUCCAUAGGAAAACUCUGUACCAGGUAGCAGAUAAUUAUUUUUAAAUUUUAAUUAAAAUACAUUAUCCUUUCCUAUAACAAAAUGGUGCUUACUCCUAAGUAAGUGUGUUCCACUGAAGAAGGAAAUCCUGUAUUCAUGCUAGUGUGACAUGAUAUGCAUGUUUAGACAGAAAAAAGUCCUUCAACUCCUAGAAUCCCCUCUAAAUGGGAAGCACCCGCCCCAGGCUUGCCGAGGGAGGGAGGGAAAAGAGAGCGAACGCCUCUGUUUGCAGCCAGCACGGCAGGGCACACCAAUUGGAUUUUGAAUAAAGUAUUCAAUUAAUUGUUACUGUUUUGAAUUUUAUUGUUAUUAUCUUCCUUGGUGGGUCGUUGAAAACCACUAUUCUGAAUAAUGAUUUUUAUAGUGUAGGGUAGGGGGGCGCUGAGCAUGAGUUUGUGGAACCAAGGGGGCGGUGACCUGAAAAAGUUUGGGAACCACUGUGUUAGAGCAAGAGACAAAGCCCUCCAAAACAUGUUUCCCAGCCCUGAUUCAAAAAAAGAAUACUCUGGGCAUGUGCAGUUUUGCAUUUUAAACUCACUGCAAUCAUAGCACUACCAUGACUAUGUUGGAAUAAAAUAGUUUGUUUCUGCUGACCAGAAGCUAAAGACAUUUGCUUGGGAAUAAGCACUGUUUUGUUUCAGAAAUAUAUUGAAGUAAAAAUAAUAACAUCGAUAACAAUGUACAUGCCCAGUUGGCUGCCCCCAAACCGUAAACACAUUUAAAAAUUGUUGGGGUCAGAACUUUUCCUUGGGAAUUCUGUUUGUGCUCAGAAACACAGCUCACAAUGCAGGUCUUACUUAGCAGAGUAAGUUUAUUAGCUUCAGAAUUCUUUACAGUUCCGUGUCAUUGUGCAGAGUGACAAAAGCUAUACACAUAUACAUAUAUACACAGGUUUUUUUAUCUAUAUUACAUACAGCUGUGAUUAGGCUAACCCAGCCUCAAGGAUCUUUGGUAUAUUCAUAUCAUUAACACCAUGAUAUCUUAGAGAAUCCUGGCAAGGUUCCCAGUACAGCUUCUAUCUCAAGGUAAUUGCUCACAGAUAGUCUUCCUCUGUUUAGCCUUGAGAUAGCCACACACACAAUUUUAAUGACUAUGCAAGCCUUUUACUUUCUUAAACUUAACAAAAAUAAGAAGAAAGGAUGCCUCAGUGAGCAGCGUCAGCCUUGGUUUGCCAUUGGCCCAUCACCUGCUGCUCUCUGGAUGAACAUUUCGGGGGUGGGGGUGGACUUUGGCCCUGAGGUUUACCCCUAGCUGUACUACAGCUUCAGCUGAACACCAUUACAACCCCCCUGCAGACUUUCUCAUCCAAUAGGCUCAGAUCUAGGGAUGUUUGGGGGUGGGGCUUGCAUGUGCACCCUUGCUUCCACUAUGCAUUUAACACUUGCAUUUGUAGGUUAAGCACCUGCCUAAUUUAGGCAUCCAACAGCAUAAUCAUAUACAUGUACAUUCAGAAGUCUUUCCCAUUGAAUUCAAUGGGACUUACUCCCCAGUACGUGGGCAUAGGAUUGCAGCCUAGAUUACACGGGUUUAUUGCAGUGCUCUGUCUGGGUGGUGGCAACUUUUAGAACAUGAGUAGUAGCUGUGUCUGAGGUUUUGGAUGAAGCAUAAAAUUCUCAAUACUUGGAAGCUGUUGGAAUAUAUGGAAAUAAUUAAUAUGACCAACACCAGUCACAGCAACUCAGCCUUCGGUUCGGGAAAAUAUUUUCUCCUCUAAUGAACAAGCUGCAUAUGAUUUCUCUCUUUUAACUUGUUGAACUGAAAUAAUAAAAUUUUAUGGCUACUGGCACAUGUCGACGUGAAAAAUGAUUUUGUUAAAUUUUAUUCUGCAAUAAACUCACAUUUUAAUGAA